UACCUCCUCCUUCCAGAAUUUGUCAGAUAUAUAGCAUCCCCUACAGUAAUCGUUUCUCCCACGUCCUUCUUUCUUUUCUUUCCUUACAUCUGCUAUCUUAUGUUCAGGUCCGUCACUCGAAUACAGGCCAUAUCGAGAAGCCUCAGGCCAUCCAUCCUCACUUCCUCAUUCCACACUCACGCCGCUCUCGCCAUGAAGGCUGUUGUCUAUGAUAAGACGGGGGACUCGUCCGUCCUGCACGUCAGCGACAUUCCCAAGCCGACGCUGGGCUCCACUGACGCCCUCGUCAAGAUAGAAUGGGCCGGCAUCAACUUUAUCGACGUCUAUUUCCGCACGGGGCUGUACCCUACCAGCUUCCCUGCAGUCACGGGCCGCGAAGGCGCCGGCGUCAUUGAGGCCCUGGGCGCCGACGUACCCGCCUCCUACGGUCUUAAGGUUGGCGACCGCGUUGCCUGCUACGCCCAGAACGUUAUGGCUGAAUUUUGCGCUGUUCCCGCCUCGCGCCUCAUGCGCCUGCCCGACGGCGUCUCCAACCGGCAGGGCGCCGCCCUUAUCCUGCAGGGCCUGACCGCCUGGACCCUUGUCACCGAUGCCCAUGAGGUGCGCCCCGGCGAGGUUGUUCUCGUGCACGCUGCCGCCGGUGGCACAGGCGGCCUGAUCGUGCAGAUGGCCAAGCACCUCGGCGCCACAGUCAUCGGGACGGCGAGCACGCCCGAGAAGAUCGAGAUCGCUAAGAGCCAUGGGUGCGACCACGUCGUCAAUUACUCCAAGGACAACGUUCUGGAAGCCGUCAUGAAGCUCACGAAUGGAAAGGGCUGCCAUGCCGUGUUCAGCGGCAUCGGUCAGGCCACGUUCAAGGACGACCUCGAGUCCUGCCGGAUCAAGGGCUCCAUGGUUACGUUUGGAAACGCUUCAGGCGCUAUCGAGAACUUCCGCCCACUUGAGCUCGGCAAGAAGAACGUCAAGCUCCUAAGGCCCAGGCUGGACGUCUACGUCAGCGAGAGGGAGGACUUUGAGAAGAGGUCUGCCGAGCUGUUGGACCUGGUGGCCAAGGGCGUCGUCAAGCUCGACAUCGGCAAGGAGUACACCUUGGAGCAGGUUGGGCAGGCACAUGACGACCUCUCAGGGAGGAAGUCUACUGGCAAGCUCAUUGUAAAGGUCUCGGCAUAGUUGCGCUACAUUCCAGCUUCUCAACUCAGAAAGGAGAAACAAGACGCCAUUUUUCGCAUCC